GGGGGAGGCGGGGCCCACACUGGAGGCCCAAAAGGAAGAUGUGGGAGGAGCUGAGGAGGGAAGAAUGUAAUGGGACUGUCAGGAAUACCCCAAAGAGUUAAAAAAAACUUUCCUGAGGAGGGAAGGGUCAGCUCCAGACCCGGGAGGCCUCUGGGAAGCCGGAAGUGAAGGUGGCUCCUCCCUCCUCCUCCUCCCCUUCCAGAGAUCUUCCUGCUUUGGCCCCUUAACAGGCCGUAGAACUCCCUCCGCGCCGCUCCUCAAGCCUCGGGAGCCUGGAGUGCCUGGGAUGGCCCUGCAGACGGACAGACUCCCAGCCUGGGAGGUGGUGACGUUCCAGGAUGUGGCUGUGGACUUCACGCGGGAGGAGUGGCGCCUCUUGUCCCCUCCCCAGAAGGAGCUGUACAAGGAGGUGAUGCUGGAGAAUGCCCGGAACCUGCUCUCUGUGGGGCUUCCAGCUCCCCCAGAGGACAUGAUCUUGGAGCAGAGAGAAGCCCCAUGGAUGCUGGAGCAAGAAUUCCUGAGGUGCUGUUGCCCAGGAGAGAUCAGAUCUGAAAUGAAGGUGAAUCCAACCGAAAUGAGCCUUCCUUUGGAAGAAAUGGACUUACAAAGAUUCAUGAGUGAUGGUCUUGAUAGCUUUGCUUCCAGGGAAUUCUGUGUUGCACCUCAAAAUUCAUCUCAUAAGGAACAUCAAAGAAUGUACACUGAAGAAAAAUCUAUUGAAAGUAAUCUGUGCAGAGAGACUUUUAUGCACAGGGCCAGUCUCUUUGGAUAUCAGAGGGUGCACACUGGGAAGAAACCUUAUGAAUGCAAGCAAUAUGGAAAGACAUUCAGUCAUAACUCUGGUCCUGUUUAUCUUCAGAGGGUGCACACUGGGAAAAAACCUUAUGAAUGUAAACAGUGUGGAAAGGCAUUCAGUCGGAGCUCUGGUCUUGCUUAUCAUCAGAGGAUGCACACUGGGGAGAAACCUUAUGAAUGCAUGCAAUGUGGAAAAACGUUCAGUCGAAGCUCUGGUCUUGCUUAUCAUCAGAGGAUGCACACUGGGGAGAAACCUUAUGAGUGCAAACAAUGUGGAAAGACAUUCAGUCGGAGCUCUGGUCUUGCUUCUCAUCAGAGGUUGCACACAGGGGAGAAACCUUAUGAAUGUAAGCAAUGUGGAAAGACAUUCAGUCAUAGUUCUGGUCUUGCUUAUCAUCAGAGGAUGCACACUGGGGAGAAACCUUAUGAAUGCAAGCAAUGUGGAAAGACAUUCAGUCGGAACUCUGAUCUUGCUGUACAUCAGAGGGUCCACACUGGGGAGAAACCUUAUGAGUGCAAGCAAUGUGGAAAGACAUUCAGUCGGAGUUCUGGUCUUGCUGUACAUCAGAGGGUCCACACUGGGAAGAAACCCGAUGAAUGCAAACAAUGUGGAAAGACAUUCCGUCGAAACUCUGGUCUUGCUUAUCAUCAGAGGAUGCACACUGGGGAAAAACCUUAUGAAUGCAUGCAAUGUGGAAAGUCAUUCCGUCGGAGCUCUGUUCUUGCUGAACAUCAGAGGAUGCACACUGGGGAGAAACCUUAUGAGUGCAAACAAUGUGGAAAAACAUUCCGUCGGAGCUCUGUUCUUGCUGUACAUCAGAGGAUGCACACUGGGGAGAAACCUUAUGAAUGCAAGCAAUGUGGAAAGACAUUCAGUUGGGGCUCUGGUCUUGCUUAUCAUCAGAGGGUGCACCCUGGGGAGUAACCUUAUGAAUGCAAGCAAUGUGGAAAGACAUUCAGUCGGAGCUCUGGUCUUGCUUCUCAUCAGAGGGUCCACACUGGGGAGAAACCUUAUGAACGCAAGCAAUGUGGAAAAACUUUCACUCAUAGGUCAAGUCUAGCUUAUCAUCAGAGGAUGCACACUGGGGAGAAACCUUAUGAAUGCAAACAAUGUGGAAACACAUUCACUCAGAGCUCUUCUCUUGCUUCUCAUCAGAGGCUGCACACUGGGGAGUAACCUUAUGAAUGCAAGCAAUGUGGAAAGACAUUUAGUCAGACCUCUUAUCUUUCUAUUGUGUGAAAGAAAUUUACACUCUCCCAUUUCUGGGACAACAUACCUAGUGUGAGCCUAAACUUGAAUCAGUAGAGGAUUGUGUGAUGGAAAUCUUUGAGUUAGGAUAGAGUGGCAGCAAUUGAGAUGAUUGCAGGGUUAUGUCACCUGCAUAGCCCCCUAGACUGUCCCCCUGGGUGACUGAGUCAAAAUAGAAAGCCAUGGUUUACUCCUGAGAUGAAAUUUGUGUGUUAGUGGGCAGAGAAAAGUUUUGAUAAACUGAGGCAAGAGCAGAUAUCCCAGCUCUUUUCUUUCAGUUUUGUUGCUGGCCAAACUUCCUUGUGAGCAUGGCUAGGGCACCUUAAUGGUGGCCACAGAAUAACAAGCUAAAUGGAAUAAUGAGGAAAGUAUAUCUCUCCUAUUUUUCCAUUCCCUCUACUAUCUUAAAUUAGAGCCAGUCUCAUAAUCUUUCCUCUUAUACUAUACACCACAGAAACCAGGCAUUCAGUACAUUGAGCUUUCACCUCGCUCAGAAUCAGACAAUUUAGUAUCUCAUGUCAUAAGCUCUCCUAAGAUUAGUGUAAAGAUUAAACACAUCAAAAUAUAUAAAUAUAAAAAAUAAAAAAAUAUAUCAAAAUAUGGUCACCAAAAAUUAAUAUAUCUCAAUUUACAACUAGUUUUUAUGUUAGUUUAUUUACAAAAGGAAAUGAAUAAAAGCAGAUAAAUCAGAAAUGGCAGUGUAAGAAAUCUAGCUUAACUAGCUAGAUUAUUUGCCUCAGCCCUUAAUUUCGUCAGGUAGGGCUAAUUAGUCCUCAACUGGAGGGCCUUUAACCUUCAAUGAAGUGCUGCUGUUGAACAAAACAAGGGUUUUAUCCAUAAAUCCUUUUCCAAGAUGGAGGCCUCUCCAUAGGCUAGUACCUCCAGAAAAACAGGAAGAGGAAUUAGCCUUUUCACGUAUUUACUCUGUAUUCCCAAGGGAAUAUCCAAGAGCUGCCUCAACAAUGCCAGAAUAUCAGGUCCACAAAGCAGAUCCUUUCACCAACCUCCAGUUUGAACUCCAAAAUCCAAAGAACUACUCAUAGAAAGCUGCAACUGCUUUUAAUGACACUUCUUUGAGUUUUUUCCUGUGCAUUCUGUCCACUUUAUGUGGUCCAGUUGUAGCUUUAGCUUUGCUUAACUCUGACCAGAAGACAGUCAUUUCUAAUUCAUCACCCACUUUAGCAUGUAUGGGUCACAGUCUUCCCCCACUUAAAGAUAAAUAGGGGUGUGUACACUUCUAUGGUUAUCCCUAAAAAGAACCUGAGGAUAGCUAAUCUGUUCUUUAGAAUUCCCUGUUAUCAUCUUGGAGACUAGUCUCCCUAAUUGAUUUACAUAAUCAGCUUAUACCUCUAAAAACCUUCUAACUACACUAAAAUAGUUGAAGAUAAGAGGAAAAUAGGAGAGAGAGUAAAACCACUGUUUAUUUUACACUCAUUGACAAAAAGUCAAUAGGGGUAGUCCUCUUUGGCAUGAGUGUACAUUAAAAAAUAAAUGUGUUCAACACUGCAGUUCAAUCAAUUGCACCCCAAAGUUCAUUCUGGGUCUUCUUGAUGCAGUGAAGAUCUCUGCAGUCAUCUUCAAACAGUUCAUUUUCUAGAAUCAAGGCAUUAGCAAAGUUCUUUCCCUGAAAUUUUUCUCAAUUUUAAAUUGUGGGUUUUAUGAAAAGUACAAUCUUGCUGAGGAAUGUGUUGACCAAUACCAGUAUCCAUGCAGGAUACAUGGUUCAGUUAUGGGGUUUUACGAGUCAGUUUAUCAAAAAAGCCAAAAACAUGAAAAUAAAAACAAAUAGAAAAAAGGUUUUGAAGAAAGAAUUCAAAAUGGGAAUCAAAAUAUAAAAAAAUCUAGAUAAAAAUUUCUUUAUAAAUAAUGAAUUCAUAAUAGAAUCUUGUAUUAUGAUGGUCUAAUUAAAGAAAAUUUUGUCUCACAAGUCUAUGACAAAAUGCAGUAAUAUUACAUUUUCCCAUUAGCAGCCAGGACAACAAAAAGUUUCCAUAUUAUGAGAUUAAAAAGGAUUAGAUUUCAGCAGCAAAUGGGAAAUAGCAUUCCCUGCCCUCAUUUUCCCUCUUAUCAUAGGGAUAGGGGUGCCAGGAAUUGCCACCUAAUUGAGGUGCUUUGUAGAAUGUGGCAUGGGGAAGACCCGUGUCUGAUUUAUGACAAACAGUAUCAAUUUUGAACCCCAAAGAAUUUCAAGUCCUCUUGGCGAAGAAUCUCAUCAAUCCCACUGAGAUUGUUUGGUCUCCUUGACUUUGUGCUUCUUGACACUGUAUAAUAGCUCUUUUUUUACCUUUUCCUGGAAUUAGGCAUACUCAAUCAUAAUUUCAUAACAGUAAUCAUUAAAUGGCAGGUUAUCAUAGUCUAAAGCUCUUGGGUAUGCAUUAAUAUUAAAACAGAUAUUUUGGGGUUUUUUUUACUGCAAGAUCAGAAAAAGAUUAAUAUUGAUUGCACUUAUUUUAAGUAUAAGAAAUAAGUAAAAGGGAAUAAAAAUCCAAAUAUUCUAUUAGAAUAGAAGAAAAAUCAAUAAUCAAAUAAAAGUUCAGGAAUUCAAUGUGCUCCCCAAAGCAGUCUCCACUUGCCCAUGGAUUUUUAUUUCCAAUGCUUGUGACAGAAUAUAGUCAAUCAGUUUCAAUAGAAGGUACACUCUUAAUUGAGAGCAAUGAAUCCAAGAUUCCUUUUCUCCAAUUUUUAUAGCUGUUGGGAGUGGUUAACAAGAUUUGAAAUGGACUUUCCCAGGAAGACUGAGUUGCUCCUGUGCACUGUAAAGGUUAAAUUUAGGGUUGAGACUGAAUGUUUAAUUAUAAUUAUAUAAUUAUAAUUAUAUAAUUAAAUAUAAUUAUUUGGUUGCCAAGGAUUUUAUCUAUAAAAUCCUAAAUGAAACAAAUCAUAAUGGAGUUUUAUGGUGAUUUAACUACAAUAGGAGGUGUAAAGAUUAAAAUUUAGGGGAGAUGGGGAGACUGAGGCAGGUAGAAAUUAGUUUCUCUCUGCAAGGAGUAUUAUAUUUUUUAGAGGUUUAUUAAAGGUUAAAGAUUAAAGAAUAUACAAGUAAGAAACAUGUGCCUAGGCCAGAGGCCUAGACAAAAUAACCUCACAUCACGCAAGAGACGAGCCUGCUCCAAAACGGAAGUCCAAAAAGAGCCAAGAGCCCCUCAAAAGCCUUUGAAGCAGCUUAAAUACCUUCUUGAUCUCGGCCCAGGUGAGAUUACAAGGCAUUCUGGGGAAGUUGAGCAAAGGCUCAUGGGGAUUGUAGUCCUGUAUUCAAGUCUAUUUUUUACAUACCCCCCCUUUGAUCGUUUGCAAAAAAAUUAAUUUUUUUUUCAAAGGAUCAUGAAAACAUAAUCAAUUUAAAGAUUACAAUAAUUUGAGGAUAAGAGAAAGAAAAGAAUAAAACCAGUAAUUACUGGAUGCAUUGACAGAAAGCCAUUUAGGGGGCAGUCCCCUUUGGCAUGAAAGUAUGCAUGCAAAACCACACCCAAAGUUCAUUUUUGUGCAGUUCGUGGUCUGGAGGCUUCUUCAUGAUGGCUUCUCCAACAGUUCAGUUUCUGAAUUCAGGGAAGUAGCAUCUUCUUUACCUAAAAUUCUUCUCAAAAAGAAUUUAAACUUUGCAAUUUAAAUAAUGAUAUUUUUACAUUCCCCCCGUUAAGAGGGUGAUUGGAAAAAAAAAAAGGAUCACUUAGGGAUACAUGGCUGAGGUAUGAGGUAUAUGAAUCAACUGGCAAGAGAUAUUAAAAGGAUAUCAGAAAAUCCAAAAAAAGAAAGAUUUCUGGAUUUAUAACAUUCAGCCUGCCCUAAUUGCCAGGCAUAUAACCAAUAUGCAUAUCGUGGAAAAGCCUUUGGGGGACGUCCUCUGGCUUACACAGCUUUUGAACAUCUACAGAUAGAUUUCAUAACGAUGCCAAAGGCUGGACGUUAUAAAUUUUGUCUAGUAAUUGUAGAUCAACUAACCAGAUGGCCAGAAGCAUUUCCUACGACCCGAGCCACAGCAGAUUUUGUUGCAAAGAUACUUUUAAAAGAAAUUAUUCCUCGUUUUGGCUUACCAGCACGUAUUGACUCCGAUAGAGGGAGUCAUUUUACCGAUUCUGUCUUAAAUCAAAUAUAUUCUUGCUUGGGGAUAACUCCCAAAUUCCAUGUUCCAUAUCACCCCCAGAGCUCAGGCCAAGUGGAGAGGAUGAAUAAAGAACUUAAGACUAUGAUUGGCAAAUUAUGCACUGAGACCCAUUUAAAAUGGCCUGAAAUUCUCCCUCUGGCCCUAUUUUAUCUUAGAAGCAGGCCUAGAGGAGACUUACAUAUUUCACCAUUUGAGAUGCUUUUUGGACAUCCGCCUAUACAGGCUAAGCCUUUCUCCCCGGCUUAUACAUCGCUAUUAGGGGGAGAUAUUACUAUUGCUUCCUAUAUACAGGAGUUACAGCACAAACUACGUGAACUUCAUGAAUCCGGAGCUGCAGUACAAGCCGGACCAUUAGACUUUUCUCUGCAUGACCUGAACCCAGGAGAUAAAGUUUAUAUCAAGAAUUUCAAGCGAACUGGAGCAACUCAACCUUCAUGGGAAGGACCAUUCCAAAUAUUAUUAACUACUCCAACAUCUAUAAAGAUUGGAGAAAGAGACUCUUGGAUUCACUGCUCACAUGUGAAGAAAGCAUCUUCUGCUGAGACUGAUUGACUCUAUCCUAUCAUAUGAAUUGUGACUCUAUCUUAUCAUAUGAAUUGGAGAUAAUAAUCCAUAGACAAAUGGAUGCUAUUUUUUUUUCAAGAAUAUAUUGAAUUACUGAUUUUUUCUUAUUUUUUCUUAUUUUAUUUUUUUUAUCAGAAUAUUUGUUUUUUUCUCAUUUUUUGUACUGAAGGUACACAUAAUUAAUAUUAAUAUUAUUUUUCCCUACAGUAAUACAAGUUAAUAUAUAUACUCUUGCUAUAAUAUCAAUAUAUGCCUAAAAGCUUUAAACUAUGGGAACCUGCCAUUUAUUGAUAAAAUAUUAUAGGACUGUGAUUAAUGUUUGUGUCUGAUUCCAGGAAAAGGGAUAAAAACAAGGAGCACAGACUAAACCUGAAUAGUGCCAAUAGAGCACACAAGAAAUAUUAAAGUGAGACUCGAGGUUGCGACGCUUAACUUAUGUUUAAGUCGUAGGACUUCCUUGUAUCUACACUCUUUUCGAAGUACUCAAACAAGUACAAAGCUUGACUAUCAUGCUGGCUCCCUAUAUCCCUUCGUGGUUGCCAUCUGUAAAGAUUAAAAUUUAGGGGAGAUGGGGAGACUGAGGCAGGUAGAAAUUAGUUUCUCUCUGCAAGGAGUAUUAUAUUUUUUAGAGGUUUAUUAAAGGCUAAAGAUUAAAGAAUAUACAAGUAAGAAACAUGUGCCUAGGCCAGAGGCCUAGACAAAAUAACCUCACAUCACGCAAGAGACGAGCCUGCUCCAAAACGGAAGUCCAAAAAGAGCCAAGAGCCCCUCAAAAGCCUUUGAAUCAGCUUAAAUACCUUCUCGAUCUCGGCUCAGGUGAGAUUACAAGGCAUUCUGGGGAAGUGGAGCAAAGGCUCAUGGGGAUUGUAGUCCUGUAUUCGAGUCUAUUUUUUACAGAGAAAGAAAUUAAGAGAGAGAAAAAGAGAGGGAGAGAAAGAAAGGAGUUAACUCAAACCGCUCUGGCUCAGGCUGAGCCAGGUGGGAGUUUAAGGCCUUGGAGAGCCAAGGGAAGGAGGGAGUCAGUCCUUAUCACUCACAUGACCUAUCUGAAGGGAAGCUGUCUGCGGGGCUCCUCUCAGCUCGAGUUCCAGGAUCAAACUGGCGCUCAGCCUUCUUCACAGGAAGUGACAAGAACUCCAGAGGCAGUUCUCUACAUCACUUCCUGCGUUUCAAAAGUGCCAAUGAUGGUUCAAGCUUGGCUUAGGACAGCCCAGUGGGGCAGUCAUUUCUGAUUUGUCAUUUGCUAGCACAUGCCCGUGUAAUGUGGGUGUGCACUUUCCUGGGUGCUUAUACCAAGCAAGAUAGAGAGAAUUUAAAAAAAAAUCACAAUCCCCCGUGAUGAUGAUGAUUGGGGGACUAGUCCCCUCAAUUGAUCACUAAACAUAAGUGUCCUGCACCCAAAAAAUUCCUAACUGCAGGUGUAUACAAAAUUUUACCUUCUAAGAGGAAAACUGAUAGUUAGAGAUAAGGGGGAAGUAAAGAGAGACAGCAAAACCAAUGUUUUGCUGGACGCAUUUUGAAAAGCCAAUUAGGGGGCAGUCCCCUUUGGCAUAAGAGUGUACUUUCAAAAUAAAUGUUCAAUCAACCUUCAGUUAAAUCAACCACACCCCAAGGUUCAUUCUGCAUCUUCCUAUAGUUUAAGGGUUCAGGUAUCUUUCUGCAAACAGUUCAUUCUCUGGAUUUAGGAUUUAGCAAGCUUCUUCUCAAGAUCUCAAGAUCUUUCUCAAACAAAACUUAAAUCUUGAAUUUUAUGAAAAUACAAUCCCUCCUGAAGAAGGUGUUGAAAAACACCCAGUUAAGCUCAGGAUACAAGGCUUAGUUAUGGGAGUGUAUGAGUCAAUUAAAAAAAAUAAUGGAAGAAAAUUUAAACCCUUUUAUGCACAUAUAUAUAUAUAUAUACAUACAUAUAUAUAUAUAAAAGAAUUUAAAAUCGGUAUAAAAAUAUCAAAAAGCUAUGUAUACAGAAUUUUAAGUAAGCAAGAAUAAAUUUCUAACAGGCCCUUGUGUUAGGGUCCAAAUAAAGUAAUUUCUAUUCCCACAAGUCUGUAGGACAGAAUGCAGUAAUAUUUCACUUACCCAUUUGCAGCCAAGGCUACAGGAAGUUGCCAUACUAAAAGGACCAGAUUUUUAUUUUCAUAGGGAAGUGUCAUUCCCUGGUCUGAUUUUCCCUUCAUUCUCAGGGAUAGAGGGAGCCAGGAUGAUAGCCAACCUUUGGUACUUGUCUGUAAGUGUUUUCACUAAGAGUGUGGGUACAAGGAAGGCCUAUGUCUUAAAGUGGCAAGCAUCGUAACCUUGAGUCUCACACUCAGUUCAAGUCCUUAGUAUUGACUUAGAAGUGCAUCAAUCCUACCUGGAUUGGUUUCUUCUUUUGUGACCUGUGUGCUCUUUUAGCACUAUUUCAGGUUACGUCUGUGCUCCUUUUUGAUACCAUUUCCUAGAAUCAGACACAAACAUUAAUCACAGUUCCAUGACAAUUAUCAAUAAAUGGCAGGUUCCCACAGUCUAAGCUGUGUGGGAAUGUAUUAAUAUUAUAGCAAGUAUACAUAUAUAUAUAUAUGUACAUAUAUAUAUAUACUAUACUAUAUGUAUAUAUAUUUAAACUUAUUAUUAUAGAAUAAAAUUAAUAUUGAUUGUAUGUACCUGAAGCACAAGAAAUGAGAAAAAAGAAAAAUCAAGUAUUCUAAUAAAAAUGAAAGAAAGGCAAUAAUAAAAUAAGGAAAAAGAGAAAAGAAAAAUAAAUUCAAGAAUUCAAUUUGUUAAAAAAAAUAGCAUCCACUUGUCAGUGGGUUACUAUCUCCAAUGCAUUUAUAGGAUAUAGUCAAUCAGUCUCAACAGAAUAUGCUCUCUUUACAUGUGAGCAAUGAAUCCAAGAGUACUUCUCUCCAAUCUUUAUAGAUGUUGGAGUACUUAACAAUAUUUAGAUUGGUCCUUCCCAGGAAGGCUGAGUUGCUCCAGUAUGCUGGAAAUUCUUAAUAUAUACCUUGUCUCCUGGGUUCAGGUCAUGAAGUGAAAAGUCUAGUGGUCCAGCUUGUACUACAUCUCUGGAUUCAUGGGGUUCAAGCAGUUUGUGCUGUAAUUCCUGUAUAUAGGAAGCAAUAGUAGUAUCUCCCUCUAAUAGUGAUGUAUAUACUGGGGAGAAAGGUUUAGCCUGUAUAGGUGGAUGUCCAAAAAGCAUCUCAAAUGGUGAAAUGUGUAGGUCUCCUCUGGGCUUGCUUCUAUGAUAAAAUAGUGCCAGAGGGAGAAUUUCAGGCCAUUUUAAAUGUGUUUCAGUGUAUAAUUUCCAAUCAUACUUUUAAGUUCUCUAUUCAUCCUUUUCACUUGGCCUGAGCUCUGGGGAUGAUAUGGAACAUGGAAUUUGGGAGUUAUCCCUAAGCAAGAAUAUAUCUGAUUUAGAACAGAAUCAGUAAAAUGACUUCCUCUAUCUGAAUCAAUACAUGCUGGCAGGCCAAAGUGAGGAAUAAUUUCUUUUAAAAGCACCUUAGCAACAAAAGCCACUGUGGCUCAGGCCAUAGGAAAUGCUGGCCUUCUGGUCAGUUGGACUACUAUGACUACACAAAAUUUAUAUUGUCCAGUGUAAUAAUUAAAAUGGUUGUAGGCAUAAACUGUAAUAAUUAAAAUAGUGGAAGGCUUAAUUUGUGGCCUCUAAAAGAGCGGAUGAGUAAGUUGUGACCACAGAAAAUAUGUUUUCAAGACAGUGUCUUGUUUUAAAUCAAAUAUAAGGUGGUCACCAGGGAAAUAUUCCCAAUUAUUAAAGUAUACCCAAGUCAACUGGGUUUAUAGAGAUUUUAAUUCAUAUAAAUGAGGAAUUAAAGAAAGAGAGAGAGAAUAAGAAUGGAAUAAGUAUGAAGGGCCUUAAGCCAACAUGGCCUAGACCGGAGUCUUAAGAGAGAGAACAGUCAGUUCUUAAUCACACACCACAAGAUCUGUCCAAGCAAGAAUAUAGACACCAGUUCAGCCAGCCAUCCUUCUCCAGAGAAAGAUUCUUCUGACUGUCCUCAAGAGACUGUCCCAAGAGCCUGUUUCCAGAGCUCUCUCCCAACAGCCUCCUUAGAGACUUUUUUCUUAGGAGACUGUCAUCUCCUUAUAUAGGGAAUUUUCUCCUUUGUCACCUCCCCUAAGUACUUAUAUCUACCAAUCACAGUAGACAUUUUUCAAAGGACAGACCAUUCUUAGUUCACACCUGAGUAGACUAGAAUCUUCAGUAAGUUUUCUCACCUCUUUGCUCCUUGUAAGUUCACAAGUUGCUUGACCUUUAUAGGCACUUAGCACCCCUUUGUAUUAGUCCUAAAAUAGGCAAAGCUUAAAAACUUUUGUCUUGCUAUAAGUAUGGGUUUAAGUACUUUUCAUUGUUCAGCAAAGAGUUUACAACUUUAUCUUCCCCUAAGGCAGACUUAAGUAGGGGUGGAGUAGAGGUCUCACAUUCCUGAUAUAAGUAGAGUUCUCACAUUCCUGAUCUAAGUACCUUCACUGCCCAAAUGGGGAAUGGUCCCAAUGGGGAAUUUUUUAAAGGUUUACAAUCCUAAACUUAUGAAGUAGGGUCUGAGAAUUCUCAAGGUUCACAACAGCCUUUGGCAUUGUUAUAAAAUAUAUCUGCAUUUUCUCAAAAGGUGUGUAAGCCAGGAGAUGCCCACCAACGGCUUUGCCAUGAAAGGUGUGUUGGUUAUAUGCCUGGCAGGGAGAGCAGGUUGAACACACUUUAGAGGCUAUGGUAGUUAUACCGAGGGCUAUCCAUACUCUCUUAACAGAGUCCACGAUGCCCUGGGUACCAAAGUGACCAUUUUUAUGAAUAGAUUGGCAAAUUUGGUGAUAGAAACUUCUAGUAAGCAGGAGUUUUCCUUCAGAUGACACCCAUACUCCAUUAAUUUCUUUUGCUUUGAAUUUUUGUUUCCAUUUUUCCACUUCCUUUUCAUUAUAGGAAAGUGAUAAAUUUAAGUAAUCAGUGAUUAAUGUUAAAAUUAAUUCAGGUCCUUCUAUGGCUGCUAGCUUUGCAGCAGUAAAUGCUUGGUCAUUUCCCCUAAAGACAGGGUCAGUGCCACCUGUAUAGGCAGAGCAAUGAACUACAGCUAGGGCUUUAGGCAGUUUGAGAACAGAAAGAACUUCAUUAAUAAUUUCUGCAUUAGCUAUAGAUUUUCCAGCUGAGGUUAAAAAUCCUCUCUGGAGCCAUAGCAUCCCGACUGAGUGACAAAUGCCAAAAGCAUAUCUAGAGUCCAUAUAAAUUGUUCCCUUUUUACCCAUAGGAAUUAUACAGGCUUGUUUCAUACAGAGCUAUGAGUUCUGCCCCUUGAGUGCUAAUAUUAGAAGGCAGUGAAGCUGACCACUCGGCAAAUUCUGUGACUAUAGCAACUCCAGUGUAGCGUAUGCCAUCCCUCAUAAAAGAAGAACCAUCAGUAAAUAGGACCAGAUCUGAGUUGUUUAAGGGAGUGUCCAAGAGGUCAUCUUGAGGCUUCUCUGCCAUGGACACUAGUGUUUCACAAUUGCAGUUGUUCUCCUGAAGUUGGUAAAUCUGGAAGCAAGGUGGCAGGGUUAAGGGUUGUACACUGUUUUAGAGUAAUAUUUUCAUUGUUUAACAAGGUUACUUCAUACUUUGUAAUUCACUGAUCUGACAAUGCCUACUAUGUUCUAUGUGUUAUCAACAAUGCUUCUACCUCAUGGGGGAACAUAAUUUUUGAUGGGCAUCCCAAUACUAGAUCAACAGUUUUUCUCACUAGGAAAGCUGUAGCAGCUAAGCCUCUAAGACAUGGUGGUGCUCCUGAUGCUACUGGGUCCAGCUGGGCUGAAUAAUAAGCAAUUGGGCACUGAGAUGGUCCCAAAGUCUGAGUUAAAACACCUGAAGCUACUCCUCUUCGCUCAUGUACAUACAAAGUAAAUGGCUUGUUGUAAUCUGGGAUUCCUUGAGCAGGGGCAGACAGGAUAGCCCGUUUUAGAUCUGAUUGAGCUGACAGGUGUUCUGGCUCUAGUUCAAGUGGUUCGGGGACUGAAUCUCUUGUUAGUGCUAUAAGGGGUUUAGUAAUUUCCCCAUAGCAAGGGAUCAAUUGUCUGCAAAACCCGGUUACUCCUAGAAUUGCUCCUAAGUGUUUCUUAGUGGUAGGAGCACUCAAUUUUGGAAUAUUUUCAAUUCACUUGGGAGAAAUAGAAUGGGCACCAGCUGUCAGAAUGAACCCCAAAUAUUCUGAGAGAGGAUACUGAGGAAUGAAGGAGGUGGGCUGGAUUUAGUGUUAAUUUGCACAAGAACAGCUGAUUUAAGUAAGCCUACAUCAUAAGAUGUGGCCCAAAGAGACUCUGGUAUAUCUGUAGGCAUUUCAAAAGUGGGAGGCUCCUUUGCCUCUUGGCUCUCUGAGAGAAGUACAGGGAGUAAAUUUAAGGAUUCCGCAGGCACUUACGAUGACAUAGAGCCAUCUGGGGCGCACAUUAUUGUGGCUUGUUGUUUGCAUAGUAAAUCCCUCCCCAGGAAGUUUUUGGGUGAUCCAGUCUUUAAAAGUAAAGAAUGUUAAACAGUUAGGGGUCCCAUGCAUAUCAUGUGAGGAGAAAGUCUUGGAAAAUUAAGGGUGUUCUUGAUACACCUACUACAUUUAGAGAUCCAAUAGAGUCACAUUUUGCAUCUAGUUUGCUUACCAAAACUGACCUAGAUGCCCCAGUGUCCAAAAGACAUAGUAUGAAUUGCCCACCUUUAAAGUGACAUGAGGUUCCUUACUAUGUGGGGUGAGUGUAUAGGGAUUAUUGUCAUUAAAAUAUCAGGGACUGGAAAAUCAAAGGUUUCACCCUUUGAUUCCAAGGCCCUCACCUCCCCCCCCUUCACACCUUCAUAAAAAUGCUUGGGCAGUUUUUUGGGAUCCCCCACACUGUUGGGGUUUUUCACCCAGAGUAUAGUGUGGUUGAGCUCCAUUUUUUAUAUAUUGUUGUUGGGCAUUUUGUUGGAUGUUAUCAUUUUCCUUAUUUGGAGCACUGUCAGUAUUUUGAUCGGCAUUACAGGUCCUAUAUUUAUUAUUCCUAAAGUUGUUAUUAAUUCUUUUUUCCCCAUAGGCAGCUCCUAUAGACCAUCACUGCAUGGCCUCUCUUCCCACACAAAAGGCAUGUUAAUGAUUUAUUUGUGGAUGCCUGCAACAGGGCUAUGGUUUCUCCCUUAUUUUUCAGUUGUUCUUGUAUCCUUUUAAUUUCUUUAAUUUAGUCUUCCACUGACUUAUUGUGUGUCUCAGGUCUUUUUACACAACCCUUAUAAACAUAGGCUGCUACUUUCCUUAAUUCUUCGAGGCCCAUAGAAUCCUAAUCAGGACAGCUAGUUUUAAAGUAGUCUUUUACCACUGAACAACAAUUCUCAACGAAUUGAGUAUUUGUCUAAUGUCCCUUUCUCUGGUCAAAUCAAGUUCCAUAUUUGUAUUUCCUAUGUCAAUAAGUCUGUCCAUAAAUUGGGAGGGGGUCUCAUCCAUUUCUUGUUGGGAACUUUCAAAUUUUGACCAUGUUUCAGGUCAAUCAGAGCAAGCUCUAAUGGCUGUCAAUAAUGUUUCUCAGGCCAGAGUUAGUUUAGUGUGAUCUGGUGCAACAUUGGUGUUCCAGUGUGGAUCUUCAGGUGGCCAAUGGUGUGCUUCCUUACCUUUCUUCUGAUUAGCCAGAGAGAUGACAUUGUUUUUUAUCUCUUUGUCAGAAAUUUAUCUAAUAUAUUUUCAACAUCCAUCCAAGAGGGGUGAAAAGUUCUGAAUAUGUUCUCCAAUUUUUUUAAUAAUUAAUAUUGGUUCUUCCUCAAAUGGUGGAAGAUUUAACUUGAAUUUAUCUGAAUCAUCAGGGUUAUAUGGCGUCUUAUAGAUACCAAGAUCCCAUCUUUAUUAAAGGUGGGUACUUCCCUUAACCGAAAUAAACUUCUAUCUGAAUUA